AUGGCAUCAAAAGAUCAACUUAUUCUUGGCUAUUGGAACAUCCGAGGUUUCGCUGAACCAUCACGUUUACUACUUCAUUAUACGAAAACAUCAUUUAACAAUAAAUUGUAUAAUUUUGGCGAUGCACCCGAUUAUAAACGUGAAGAAUGGUUGAAAGAAAAGAAUUCUUUAGGUUUAGAUUUUCCGAAUUUGCCGUAUCUGAUCGAUGGUGAUCUAAAACUAUCUCAAGCACGAACUAUUCUAACACAUCUUGGUCGUAAAUUUAAACUAAUGGGUAGUAAUGAACGUGAAACAUCUCUUAUAGAACUAUUAAUUGAUCAAUCGAACGAUUUACGACAAGAAUUGAAUAAUGUUUGUUAUCGUGCCAUUAAUUUCGAAGCUGUAAGCAAGAAAUUCUGUGAUGAAACACUACCAAUUCAUUUGAAACUAUUCGAAGACUUCCUCAAUCAUCACGGUAAAAAAUGGUUGAUCGGUGAUCAAUUGACUGCAGCUGAUUUUCAAGUAUUUGAAUAUCUCGAUCAUUGUUGGCUUUUAUCUACUGACAAUUGGGCUGCCUAUCCGAAAAUUCUUGCUUAUAUGAAAGCAUUUCGAGAAUUACCAGAAUUAAAGAAAUAUCUCGAAAGUGAACACGCGAAACGUCCUAUCAAUGGUAAAAUGGCGAAAUUCGGCGGUACUGUUGUUCAACAUGAAGAAGCAGCAAAUACAGCUGAAGAUGCGAAACCAACCGCUACUUAA